UUAUAUACCUUUGCCAAAGCUUGAGCUAGUCGUGCAAAUACAUAUUUAUGAAUAGUACUUCCAUUGGCUAGUAAUCAUCGUUGAACAUGGACCUUUCAAAGCCACUAGCCAUGGACCCGGAUGUGAUCUACUUCUUUCCCCCGGACGAGAUGAAAGUAGCGUCAUACAUCUCUUCCCAAGCCUAAUUACCCGUUUGAACUUACCACAAUAUGUCAAAAUCCCCGAACCGGGAUGAUCUCCUGGCAUACCUUGCUCUCAUCUGUUUGCCAUGCGGAUACCGACAUCAGGACGUAAAGUGUGCUUACCGAGUCAUCGACGAGUGUCAAUACUGCGAUAUUGAAGGAAUAGAUAAUAAUCCAAGAACUUGAGGCUAUAAAUCUUUUCAUAUAUGAUGAGGCUCUUGACAGAUAUAGCUACUUCGACAAUACUUACACAAACUACCAUUACUAUGCAGAUUCAAGGGCUUCUGAGGACACCGAUCGCAUCAUCUGAUACCCACUUACGCAUGAGUGUCUGGGAAAUUUAAUGUCAUUGCCUAUGGAAGAGGAGCUUAAGAAGGAUAGCAUUUCUAUGACAGCAUAUUCAGUAGAGCUUUCUACAUCGUCCGCGUUGUUAUUUUUGUUGUCAUUGUCAUUGUCAUUGUCCUUGACCUUCCCUCAAAGAUAUUCAUUUCAAGUAAUUCAUUCAUAUGAGAUUAUAAUCUUCGAUGAUUGGAGUGAGCACGGGUCACCUUUAAGUUAAAGGCACACAAUACAAUGGCAGGAAAUUCAUUCUCAAGUGGUUCAUGGCAGGAUGAUGCCUCAUCUACCAGGUCUUCCUUAUCAUCAACUUCAAGUGACCCGAUCUUCAGCUCUCCCAUCAGACCCACCAUUGAUCAACACCAAGGUCGAACUCCUUGGAUUAUCAGUCAUGUGCUAGAGUGUCAUCUAUCAUAUGAACUUCCUUUAAGAAUAAUGUUUUCCUUUAAUGCAGGUAUGUUGAAACCUUUUUACAAUUCCUCCUCCUUCACUGUAAUGAAUUGUCCGGGCGCAACCUCUAUAGUAAUAGCUGACUUCUUUUCUGAAAAGGCUAUAGGGUACCAACAUUGAAGGAAGCACACAAGUGGUGGCAGUAUGAACCAAAGGGAACAGCAAUCAUUAAAUUUCUUAUCUCGUUGGAGGAAUCAAAGCUUGGGAAGAAGGAGGGUGGGAUCAGCAAAGACAAAGACAAUAGGGAUGAAAGCAUCGAAGCAGAAAAGAUCAAUCAUGUUGUUCAUGACCCUUUCACGGAUCCUCACAAUGAAACUCUGCUAGAUGUUGGCUUUGCAUCAGAAUUCUCCGAUGGCAAACGUGCAAGUCGAGGACUACCACCUGACUUCAUCAGAAAAUGGUGCUUGGAUAAAGUAUUUACAAAGGUGGAGGAGCAAGUGGACUUUAGUCAGGCGCUCACUGGCAUAGACUAUCUUCAGGAUCUAGAGUGCCGAAGAAGAGAGGCUCUUAGAGAAGUUGCGUUACGGUUGAACAUUGACAAGAAUAAUUGGAAAAAGGUGCUCAGUGCUGAUCCUGAUGCCAAGAAGUGGGUGGAAGAUAUUCAAGCUCAGGAGACAAUUAUUGAAGAUUUUUACGCUACUUGCUUUAUUGAUCUGAGAAUCUGGGUUUGUGAAUCUUUUUCUCCAAGGUCAUCUAUCAUGCUGAUUUACUCAAUAGACUAUGCUUCACGAACUCAAAACUCUACCUUUCUACAAACCGAAUGUUAUUGCGAUGCUCAAUACCCUUUAUCCACCAUGCAUUCGAGAACUUCCAAACAAUCGCAUUGAUCCUGAAAAAUUACGAAAGCACCGAUCCAAGUUUUACAAUCUCAUGGUUGAGGUGUCACACAGAGGCAUUGGAGCACUGAAUGAUUUCGAACUUCAUCUCAAGAACUCAGCCUGCAAACAUAACUGGAUCGAUACUCGAGAAAAUUUGAAAGAUUACAUUGAGCUAGCCAGUAAGAUGAUCGAGCAAUCCAACGCUGUACAUGAUAUUAUGUUCUUCAAGAAAAGCACUGCAAUAGCAUACGGCAUUAGAUCUGCACAAUACAGAAGCCCAACCGCAUCUUCAUCAAUAUCAGCUCGCACUGAACGACAGGAUAAUAAGAAUGAACAAUCAGCCAUGGUAAAGGAUGUUCUUCCUGGUCCAAAAAUUCCAACUUCUCGACUUCAUUCAAGAAGCAUAACAGAAAAAAUCCACAGUCAUGAGAAUUCUUCUAAUAGCGCAAUCAAUCCGGGUUCCCCAAUCGAGUCUCAAAGUUCUGGCAGGGGUGACAGAAAACUAUCGAGUCGAAAGCGCCUGGCAUCGCCCAAACGUCAUCACGAGUACUCUCAAGAAUAUCAUACCAUACCAAUGAAUGCUCCAAGAAUACUGCGUUCUGUUGCGACAACUCCUAACCUUUCUCAGAAUCAAAGUUUCUCAACUUCAACGCCCCCGAAUGCAGAAACGGAGGUCACAGUACCAAACAACCAGCACACGAGGCCACGAGCAAAUACACCAUUUAUGGAACAACAAUCUGAAGCAGUACAAUAUCACAGUUUCCAACCCUGGGUCCCAUUGAAAGAUCAGCAUCAGAAAUCAAAAUCCUGUCAAACGUCGUAUCCUGAUCCAUGGUCAAGAGGUCCUCCCAAUCCGAAAUAUCAACAAUCUCCACGACAAUUAUCUGAAGAUGAAAAGCUUUUGCAAGUUUUACGCCGCGGGGAAGCUCCUAUUAGAAGAAGGGCAUCUUUUACCAAUGGGAUACAUUCAUCCUCACGGCUUAGAGCCUCAAGUGUCACUUCCACAAAGAUUAAAUCUCACAGAGUGUAUAAAGAUAAUUGUGCUACUUCAUUUGAGACGCUUCGAGCUGGCUCUCCGCCAAAUGAGGGUUUCUCAACUAUAAUUAGCCCAAGGAAACAAGUUGAGAAGGCUUUAAAGAGUAAUCCAAGUGCAAUUCAAGCAUAUCAGGCAUUAGAUCUACGAGAAUUACCCGGAUAUCCUUCAAUUCCAAAAGCCGUGGCUCUAGAAAAUACUCAAAGACCCCGGCUCCGAAAACAGAAGUCGUAUGGCUCCUCUGGUGGUCUUCGAGGUCGGGCAAUGAGUGAUUUUGCUUUGACUAUCAACUCUCAAGUGCCUUUGCAGCAAGACGCACUAGUGACAGGUACUUCACGGAAACUUCGACUUCGCAAGACACCACUGCGCGAAUCGUCUACGGAUAUUCGGAUAUCAAAUUUAUCUCCUGCUUUCAGUGAUUCUGAUUUUCCUACUUCUAAAACUACUCCAGCGCUGACCACACCGAGAAUCAAACUACGUAAGAUGCCGCUAGAUGACACUACUACUGCGGAAAUGCAAACUCCCAGUUCACCUCUUUCAAUUCGAAGAUCACCCUUACCGUUGGGACAAGAAAUUCCUAUUACACCUGGUCCUGAAGCUCAACUUCGUAAUACUGCUUUACAUAACUCUUCACUUGUUGGAGUCCAAACACAAAAUACUUCGUCAUUGGGGUCAAAAUCACCUCUGCCCCCAUCAUUGGAUCCUACUACAACAUCUCGACGUAUGGAAAUCCAUCAAAAAGGCAAAAAACUCACAAAAUUAAGGCCGAAAAAUGGUAUUCAAUGCGACUUUAAACCAGAUUCCCUUAACAAAAACAUGAAUUGCACCCCAGAAAGACAUUGGACAGAUACAACUAUCAGAAAACCUACGCUACCAGAGUUAUCUCCAAAUGUCGACCUUUCAUUCUUGGACAAUCCAUACGAACCUCCUAAUGGAAUUCAGCCAAGGUUAAAGAAAAAGAGUAGUAUGGCCACCAUCUUUCGCAGGAAAUCAAUUGAAAGUUUGAAGUCUGUGAGAUUUGAGGAUACAGAAACAAGUCAUGAUAUUGCAGGUUUGGAAACUGCCAGGACAUCAUCAGAAGGCUCAAAGACUUCAAUAAAAUCAUCUGUGGGCUCUAAAUUUGCCACAUUCAAUGGCUGUGAUAAUGCACUGGGUAUCUCUAUUCCAGAUGCACAGUCAAGUACUACAUUAUCUCACAUUUCUCCCGUUUCUACGUCAAAUUCUUUCAUGAGCUUCCCACCACCACUGCCAGCUAAACAAGCAUUGAAGAAACAAAAAAGUUUGGGCUUUUUUCCUCAUAAAGGAGGUGGUUCAGUAAAUGACCUAGUGGAUCUUCCAAAACAACCAAUAUUGAAGAAACAAAAGAGUUUAGGUCUCUUCCCUCGCAGCGACAGUGGGAAGGAUAAGGGUAAAGCUAUACAGCCGACUCAAAUAUCUGUAUUUGGAGAUAUGGAUGGCAUAUUCGAUGGCUCACAACAAGGCUGUACAGCAUAUUGUCCUCACACUGCUUUUGCUUGCAGAGAGCCAUAUAGGUUUCCCGCUCCACCCAGCAGAGUACCGACUCAAGUCUCAACACAGAACCCAGUCAAGUCUCACGCUCCGUCUACCAAAACACCAAUCAUAAACGACUAUGCCCCGAAGCUAAAGCCGACGGUACGAAUAAAUACAGCCAAUAAAUUCCCCGUCCCUUCAGAUGAAAGUCCCAUAUCACCAGAAAACAAACUAUACGGAUUCAUUCCUCCACCAUUGAAGAAAUCAGCAAGGCUUGAAGGUUGGGAGACUGAUCUCGAUAUUGCAUUAGAGCAAGAACAUCGUGCCAAUCUAGAGCACGCAAAAGCUCAAUCUCAACCUACAUCGAAACACCGAGCAUCUCUUGAAUCAAGUAUCGAUACCAUUACCUCUAAUGAUUCUAAUCAAUUGCGAAAGACAACAUCAAAACUUUCCAAAACAACGUCGUUUGCGGAAGAUACACCGAAUUUACCUCCACAAAGUCCGGGUUCUACGAAAUUUGGCUCGUUCUUCAUGAAUGCGGGUGCGAAUAUUAGUGCAGCUUUCGUGGGGAAGAAUAAGUCUCAUGCAUUAAAUCUGGGUAAAUCACCCAAGAUACCCGUUUCUAUACUCUCUAAGAAGGAUAUUAAGGAGAAACCUGGUAAAUCCUAUGAAGGAACCAUUAGAAAAGAUAGAACUGGCAGUAUUUAUCCCCUCUACCCUGAUUACCUCCUCUAAGAAGUCAUACUAAAACAUACCUUCCUUCUCAGCCCUAGCAUCCCUCAUCCAAACCGUAAACCCCUCCCAUAUUUUCACCAAACACAGACGCCACCAACCCAACAAAUCCCUCACCCACAAACACAAACCCAUCUCCCGCCGCAAACGCGAGGCUCUUCUCCGUCGACACUUUCGCAUCAAAGCCCACACAAUACAACGCUAUAAACAAAUUUUCCUCCUAGAAGAUAGCACUAGAACUAUUUAUGCGGAGGGAAUUAGAUAUUUGGAUCAUUAUAGACCUUUUGUGAGGGAAAGCCCAGAACUUUAUAGGAGGAAGGAGUUUUUGAGAAGUUGGUUGUUGGAGGUUAGUAGGGUGGAGAGGGAGGGAGGGUUGGUGGAAUACCGUUUUGAGGGGAGGUUGGUGAGGAGUGGGGUGAGGAAUUGGUUGGGAAGGAGGGAGGGAUACAAGGAGGAGGGUUUUGAGGGGUGUGGAGGAGUGGAAGGAGGGUUAGGAGAAGAUUGA